AUGGAUGGUAAACUGUUGGAAAUACGGGGUGGCACCGAAGGGUUAACACCGAGUGCUGCUGCUGCCUGCGACGCCUCGAAGAAGGCGCCGCCGACGACGAGGGAGGGUGCUUCCCUUCGUCGCCUGCCGGGAGCUUUUUUUUCCCUUCUUCUUCUUCUCUGUGUCUCUCUCUCGCUUGUGGCUGAGGUUGUCGUCGGGGAAGCAGGAGGGCCGGCUUGGGCGGGCGGCGGGUCAGUGCGCCAGAGUCCGGCGGGGAUGGUGCUGUGCCCGAACGACGCGAGGCGCGUGUUCUGCGCCGGCUGCGAAAAGCCCAUUUUGGACCGGUUCAUUUUCAGCGUGUUGGACCGAGCUUGGCACUCGGCCUGUGUGCGGUGUUGCGACUGCGGCGUCGCCCUCUCCGACCGCUGCUUCAGUCGCGGCGGUCAGCUCUUUUGCCGCGACGACUUCUUCCGACGCUUCGGCACCAAGUGCAGCGGGUGCGGGGAAGGCGUGAGUCCGACGGACCUGGUCCGCCGGGCGCGGGACAAGGUGUUUCACUUGGCCUGCUUCGUGUGCUCCAUUUGCCGCCGCCAGAUGUCGACUGGAGACCAUUUGUACGUGUUGCCCGACUGCCGAUUCGUGUGCAAGGACGACUACCUCGGCGGCAAGGUUGCCGACUUGUCAGCAGAGCCAGUGUCUGAGGACGACGAGGACGUCAAGUCUGAGGACGAGGACGGCAAGUCUGAGGCCGAGAGCAAUAAUUCCUUCCCGGCGCUGGACCAGUUGUCGUCGUCGAAAUCCCCGACGAUGCUCGACACCCAUUCCUUGAUGGACGCUGGGUUCAGUGACAAGCCUGCUGCCAUCGCGGACACCGCCGCUAUGCUCAGUGAGGCGGAACGCAGCGACGGCGACGCCAAGGACUCGAAGCUCGACGACAAGGGCGACGGCAACAACAACGGACUCAAGGACGACGGGAACCCGACCGGGAAACGACGCGGCCCGCGGACGACCAUCAAGGCCAAGCAGUUGGAGACCCUCAAGAGCGCCUUCGCGUCCACGCCGAAACCCACUCGUCACAUCCGGGAGCAGCUCGCCAAAGACACUGGGCUGACGAUGCGGGUUAUCCAGGUGUGGUUCCAGAACCGGAGGAGCAAAGAGCGGCGGAUGAAGCAGUUGUCGGCCAUCAACGCGAGGCGGAACUUCUUCCGGAACGGGCCAGGCGGCGGCAGACACGGCCGACUGCGUGGCCCGCUGCCGCCGGGCUGCGACGACAUCCCGCCGAAUGCCCCGUUCCCUUACUUCCCUGAGGACAAUGGCAGUUGA